UGUCUCGUCUCACUCGUCUCAAUCAAACCACGAACCAAACUAAAACUGCAACUUUCUCAAAUUAAAUUUAUUUAGCAACGUGCUCCUCGUUCGUUGCCGACAAAUAAUUAAUUAAGUAAUUAACGCCGAGUGAAAAAAAUUAAAAUGGGGGACAAGGAAGACUCCGAAAAGACCAUUGCCGAAGAUUUGGUCGUGACCAAGUAUAAAAUGGCUGCGGAAAUUACACAGAAGGCGCUCAAGACGGUAGUGGAAAAGGCGGUGAUUGGCGCUUCGGUCCGCGACCUUUGCAUUAUCGGGGAUAAGAUCAUCGUGGAAGAGACGGGAAAGCAGUUUAAGAAGGAGAAGGAUAUGAAAAAGGGAAUCGCCUUCCCGACCUGUAUUUCAGUAAAUAACUGCAUUUGCCACUUUUCUCCGCUUUCCACCGAGCCUGACUACAUCCUUAAGGAGGAAGAUGUUUGCAAAAUUGAUAUGGGCGCCCACAUAGCGGGUUUCAUCGCCGUAGUGGCGCAUACGAUUGUCGUCGCGCCACAAGGGAAAGUGACCGGGAGGAAGGCGGAUGUCAUGCUAGCUGCUCAUUACUGCUCCGAAGCCGCGCUCAGAUUAGUGCGACCGGCGAAUGAGUCUGACAAAGUGACGGCAGCCGUUCAAACGAUUUCCGAGUCCUUUAAAUGCAAACCAAUCGAAGGGAUGUUGUCCCAUCAGCUUCACCAGAAUCGGAUCGACGGGGAGAAGACCAUCAUUCAAAAUCCGAACGACGCGCAAAAAAAGGAGUAUGAAAAGUGCACCUUUGAAGUGAACGAGGUUUACGCGGUCGAUGUGCUCAUCUCCACAGGCGAGGGUCAGGGUAAGGAAAUGACUACUCGAGUAGCCGUGUAUAAACGGACUGAAGAACAGUACAUGUUAAAAUUGAAGGCGGCACGGGCUUUCUUUAGCGAGGUUCAAUCCAAACACGGCACGAUGGCCUUCAACCUGCGUGACUUUGAGGACGAGAAGAAAGCCAAGUUGGGAGUGUUGGAGUGCGUCAAGACAAAGCUGAUCGACCCUUAUCAGGUCCUUUACGAGAAGCCGAACGAGAUCGUGGCCCAGUUCAAGUUCACCGUCCUCCUCAUGCCCUCUGGCCUCCAUAAAAUUACCGGCCUUCCUGUCGAUCCUGACCUCUUCCAGUCCGAGUACAAGAUUGAGGACGAGGAGAUCAAGAAAUUACUCGCCACCGGUGUCAACCCUGCCAAGAAAAAUAAAAAGAAGGCCGCCAAAGCUGCUGCAGGUGGUGACGCUGCGGCUGCUGUUAAAGUGGACCCAGCGCCGAACGGGGAGUCGAAAGCUUAACAAAUUAAGGACGACAAUUACUAAGGACAACCAUCACCCAACCCACAUCACGCCACUCAUCAUCAUCGUCACCUCUCUUUCCCCAAACUUACUCAUCUUCCAUCUGCUUCUCUCUCCACAAUUUUUGUGAUCGUUCUUCCCUCAAAAAAAUCCCUCUCCUCAAAACUAAACCGAAGAACUCCCAAGAUUCGGAUAAAAUAACAAAACCAACGCCAAAUUUUUGGGCCCAAAAACAAGAAAAACAAAUUCUUCGUGUCGAUUAUGUCGAUUCGAGAUUACGAGCCUAAAAAAAAUUCAUGCAAUAAGCUGCAGAUUCUUGAUUUUCGAUUGGAUAUGUUUACGUCUUUUUAGUGUUUUUUUCGUAAUUUGACUCGUAUUAUUAGUACUUAUCGAAAUGAUGGACAGACAAAAAAAUUUGAACUUUAGAAUAAUUUUAGGUUCCAUAACAUGAUUUGGACACAAAUUAAAAAUAGUUCCCUUUAAUAAUUUAGAUAAACUUUUUUGUUUCUACUUUUCUAUAAAAAUUCAUAAAAAUUAAUGAUUGAUUCGGUUUCAAAUAAUUCUCAGUUUUUCGUUUUGGUAAGUUUGUGUAGCGAGUGCAAAGGUUGACUCUUUGCUGCUGAUUGAUGAUGUAUGUUUUUUGACUAUUAUACAUGAAAAAUGAUACAAUUUGAAAUAAAAAAAGAGAUUUUACAUCAAAAAA